AUGAUGACAUUUUGCGAAGAAAGCCAAAGUCUUGUGAUUCAGUUCGAAAAGUUAAGGUAUGUACAUGAAAACGAUUUAUUUCGAUUCCUAACUUGCUAUACCAAGGAAACAGCGCCUAUGAAUCAGUUCAUCUGACGGCCAAACCGAGGUAGUAGCUGGCGGAAGAAAACCGGUUUUACAAAUUUUACGAAUUAUUUUCUAAAUUAUUUAUUUUUGAACUUUGUUUUUACUAUUUAUUUACUAUAAUAAGGUAUUAUUUGCUGUAGCCGUAGUAUUGGAAUUAACGUAUAGAGGUCGUAGUAUUGGAAGCAGUAUAUCUAAAUCUUACUUAUGGUGCUAUAGUAUAGUAUCAAAACAUAUUCUCUAUAAAACUAUAGUGCUUAUGAAAUAGAAAUACCAUGAAAACGAAAUUCUAUGUAGCAUGGCUAGUACUGAUAGUACUACAACAUGUUAGUUGUGACAAUAUAUUUUAUAUCACACAAAAUGAGACAACGUGUAUAAAAGUUUACACUACUGUAGAAGAAAAUACUAUUCCAGUAGAGCCUUUGGUACGCCUUCAAAUUGUACAUCCCAAAGAGGCUAAGUAAGUUUGAAUGACUAUUUUAUUGAUCAAGUAAUUAUGUGCCCUUAACUCUAAAAACGAACGGUAAAAUAGGGCACAGAAUUGUUUGAACUACCCAAUAUAUCUUAAGCAGGGCUGGAUGAAACCUUUAGCUCACAAUCAGGUGUUGGGAAGUUGUUGGUAUAGGAGCUAUUGCAGGUGCUGGAGAGAGAAGGAAGAGGGAGGGGUAAAUGUAAACUUUUUAAAUUUCUGCCUAGGGCAAGUUUUUUUUUGAAAAUAGCAAUAGUUAAUUAUUUUAGGUAGAAAUUGAUGUAUUAAACUCUUUCUUCUUUUAGGUACUCAAUAGUCCGUUCAACUGAUCCAAAACGACAAUUCCGGAUUUCAAAGAACGGCGACUUAACAGUCAAGAAACCGCUGGACAGAGAAGAUAUCGAGAAGUAUGAUCUGUUGAUCAAAGCUCAAGAAAAAGGUAUGUUAACUAUUAGCUUUUCCUUUACAGACUUACACUACUUUGAUUAAUAUAGCAAACAUAUACUUAACUUGUUUUUUAAACAAAAUUGGCAGAUAUAACAUGAAAAAAUAUGUUCAGAUUUGUCAGUUGACUACUUGAAUGUGAUCGUAGAAGUCGAAGACCAAAACGACAAUGUUCCUUGGUUAUUUGCUGUUAUGGGUAAUAAAACGGUUCCAAAAUUUGAAAAAAAUGUAAGUUGUUUACCAUUAAAUCUGUAUUAUUAAGUUGUUCAAAUAAUUUGUACCCCUAUUCAAAGCAAAUUUUUGAGAUUAGGAGUGCAGAAUUACCUGAACAACUUAAUAUUAGUGCGUUACAAAAGUAUUGUUGUUUUUAAGUGUUUAAAACAUUGUUUUUUGACGACAAGACUUUUAUAAACGUUAAAAAGGUACGGAUAAUAAGUAUACUAGCUUUUACUUUAAGCUAUAAGGCUAUCAUUACAUAUAUGAAUUUUAUAACUUUUAUUCUACUACAACAUUAUUUUCAGCCCCCACCAUGUAUAAUCAAGGUCAAUGUACAGCCGGACGACCAAGAGCAAUGUCAAGUCUACUCUUUUGAUCCUGAUUUGGUUCAAGACCUUGACUUUACAGUCAAAUUUACUCAAGACUCAGAUGAUGUGUCAGUUGGAUGUAAUCAACCACAAAAAGGAAAACCAGUUUGUACCGUCAAGGCUGACAGGGUUUUUACUAUAUAUGAUCAGCCUAGUGUUACUGUACCUUUUUUAGUUACAGAAAGUGAUGGUAAUAGUCGGAAAAGGACUGUGGAGCUGGAGGUUAGGGAUGUGGUAAGUCAUCUUGGUUUUAACUUGUGAGGGGGGUGGGUGGGAAUUGAAGAGAAGAUAGAAGGGGUAGAAACUUGUUUUGUGUACAAGCAUUGAUAAAAAAUUUUUCAGAACACAAAAAAGAGUGGCAAUGUGAAUAUUACUGUAACUUUGUACGAAACCCUAAUGGAAAAGCUGUUUAUCGGCUCUAUUAUUGAUUUUAUCAACGAUGAUAACCUACAAUCUCAAAUGGCACAGUCUACUUUGAGUAGUAUCUUCAAAGUUGACAAUUAUGAAAAUCUAUUUGACAUUACAGCUAAUGGUAGUGUAAGUGUAACAUUUCUUAUUUUGAUAAUUUUAAGUUAUUAGGUUGUUCAAAUAAUUUUGAGCUACUUUUCAAAGCAAAUUUGCAGGGUUAGUGGCUCAGAAUUUUUUGAACAGUUUAAUAAUUUUCAUUUUAAAGAUUGUUCAAUCAUUUUAUCGUAUUUUACCUUCAAAAAAAGUUAUUUUACAUCCCUUAUGACAUUUUUUAAAUAUAAAUGUUAAUAUUUAUUCAGUUCAUGUUUAAUAUAAAAUUUAAAACCAUUGUUAUAGCUAUACCUAAUUGGACAACCACCAAAAACCGACAACACUUUCUACUUAAACAUUAUCAAUGUCAAAACUAAGCAAAUCCUUGUCGCCGUUACAAUUAACAUUAACAGAAUCUCACGGCACGAUAUUCUCCAUCACGAAGCCUUUAGUAUCGAGAAGAAAAGUCCCCUCUACUACAACAAUAUUGGCGUUUUACUGGACAAACUCGACGAAUUCAAAGCUACCUUAUCAAAUGCCAUUCAGGAUAUUACUGGUAAAGCAAUAGCAGUCAAUGUGUUUGAAAUCGAAGACUUUAUCCAUGAACCAACGUAUGUCAUCAAGUUCUUUGUUUCCUAUAACGAGAGUUAUGAAGAGCCGGUCAAGAUGGAAAGUCUACGGUAUUUAUCGCCGGCUACGCUACGUGGGAUUCUGGAGUUGAAUGCUGUUAAGAUUUCGGAGAUUUUUGGAAUUAAAUUGUUCAAGAUUGGAGAAGAAAAGUGUCUAUAUUAUGAUGAGGAAGAGAGGUUCUAUCCGGUUUAUUCGACUAGAAAUGUGAGUUUUUUAAAUUUUAAAAUUUUAAAAAAAUUUUUUAGUUAUUAAGUUGUUCAAAUGAUUUUGAGCCAUCUCUCAAAACAAAUUUGUGGGGUUACGGGCACAGAACUAUCUGAACAACUUAGUAAUUUCAAUUAAACAAGAGAUUGGUAAAUUAACUUAGCGCUUGCGCAUUUAAGCCCUAACGGAGCCUACCCUUGCUGAUUUCAGCCCUAUUCAAGCCUAUCACUGUCCAUUUUAACCUUAACCAUGUUAUCCCUGUUUAUAGUAGCCUUACUAAAGACUACUCGUGCUUAUUUUAGUCUUGCCCACGCUUACCCCUGCUUAUUUUAGCUUCAAAUAAGUCUAUUUUUACCCAUUUUAACCCUGUCCAAGCCUACUUAUGUUAAUUUUAAUCCUACUACAGCCUACUUUAGCCUACCACUGCUUAUUUUAGCAUUACCAUUGUUUACACUUGCCUAUUUUAGACCUUCUCAAGCCCUGCCCUUGUCCGUUCCAAAACUCUUUAAAACAGAAAAGUACCUAAAAUUUUUUAGGGAGCACCCCCGAUAUCAAAAAACAAUAAAAUAUUCGUCAGUACCACGACCAAAGUUGAAUGUAAGAAAGAAGUACCAUCAGCUAUAUGUUCACCUGGUUAUUGUUACAAUGGAGGUAUCUGUUCAUCAAGUCAAUCUUCAGAAGCCGUCUGUUACUGUAAACCAGGCUUUGUUGGAGAAAGAUGUCAAUCUACUAUUAGAUCGUUCAAUGGAGAUGAUUAUAUUUGGUUGAAAGGUGUACCAACAACACCGAAAGUGAUGGUUGAGUUCGAGUUUAAAACGUAGGUGGUUUUAUUUGUUAAAGGUAUACAUAUAAAAGAAUAUUUUGGGUUUGAAAAAAUUUUAAAGAUUUUAGAUAGUAAAAAAUCGGUGCUUAAGUUAAUAUAACUAUGAUAAUUUAAAAAGAAAAAAAAAUGUUUAAUUGUAAAUUACUACGUAUUUUACCACUUAAUAUAUUUUUUUACUUUGAAGUUUUUUUUAAAACUAAUACUAACUAGGAAGGUAUUCAAUUCUACUCAAAAUCAGUUAAAAAUUUGUAUAUGUGGCGUAUUUUUAACUAAAUUAUGACUAAAGGCGUAUUUUUAACUAAAUUAUGAAAAAAUUAUUUUUAUUGAAUUAUUGAAGCUUUACACUUUUCUAUAUUUUAUUUUCAGAGAAUCCGAUGGAAUCCUACUAUACCAUGGCCCUCUUGCUCAGUUAGACAAUACUGUCGAACACAAAACCGAUGACUACAUCUUCAUCCAGAUAUCCAGUAACAUAAUAUCAGCUCAAAUUAAGAUUGGCGAAAGUAUUGUCACUUUGAACUCGAAUACGAUGGUCACUGACAAUUCAUUUCACUCAGUAAAGCUACAGAAAGAUGGUACUGUAGUUAGACUAGUGGUCGAUAAUUGUGAUGAAGGUAAUGAAUGUUUCGACGAACAGGAUAUUGAGGAUGAAGAGGAUGUUGUCUUUGACAUUUCUGGUCCGUUAUUGCUUGGAGGCUUCAGAUAUGAGUUUGAAAAUGGCAGAAGGGAUGGUCUUUUGUCAUCAUUUUUACCUGUCAUAGAAGGUGAUGACAAUAAAACUACUACAGUAGACGAUGACACAGUAAAUGCCAGUUUAUCAGAUGUGACUGACAAGCUCUUCAAAGGUUGUAUUAAGAACUUUUACAUCAACCGAGAGCUGUACGACCUAUCAUCGGCGGAUGUAACACAACCAGACAAACCAACCGUAACUGAAGUAAAUAACUGUAACUGCAACAAAAAGGAAGUUACAGAGUAUACAGGUACUCAGUGCUGGCGAGGGCAGUGCUAUGAACAACAUGGAAUUGAAUAUUGUGAUUGUCCAGUAGGAUUCUAUGGUAAAAAGUGUGAAUUCAUAGCACCGUGGGUUCAGUUUAUGGGUACUAAAAGCUUUUCCAAGCUGCUGGUAGAUGGAGAACAUGAACAUGAUGUUAAGAUGUUGAUGGUCGCUAAUGAAAGGUUUAGAGAUAGUGAUGUUUGUCAGCUUUCAAAUGAGGAUCAGGUAGAAUUUAGAAUUCUAAAAAAUUAAAUUUUUCAUUUUUUUAGAUCGUAUCAUCUCUAUACCUAAACGCGUCUCGACCUUCAUCUAAAACAAUGUCUUCUGAUGGCUUUGAAACUAUAUUUAUCCACGAUACAAAACUACAAUCUGCAGAAGCGUAUCACCUUCAUUAUCAUCAUGAUCGCUUCAGUACUUUCUUAUCAAUUGAUGGUCAGAAACACAUUUUCAACAUUUCAUCUUCGAAACUAUUCUUUCCUAAGGCAAACAGAGUGAUUGACAGGUUAUUGGAAGCUUAUCAGUUAAAGAUUGGCGGAGAGGAUAACGGGUUUUCUGGAUGUGUCCGUGGAGUUUACUUUAAUGAUGAGUAUCUUGAUAUUGAGGUUGAUGAAGGUUCAGAUGGGGAUGUGUGCUUGAGAAAUGAUAAUCCUUUGCUAUCUGGUAAUAAAGAUAAGCCUACUAAUGAUAAAGGCAUGUCUACCGAUGACAAGUUUACUCUUUCCGAUGACAAACUUCUACUCUCCGAUGACAACCUUUCAAACGGUCGUAUGAUAGCCCAAUGUGGUCUAAAACAAGGUUGUGAUAUCUUGUUGAAGUGCUCAGACCUUCCUCCAGAUUACUGUCACUCCAGAAUACCGUACUCCUUCUGCUACAAUCAUAUCAAAGGUCCAAUUUGUCUGUGCAGAGCUGAAGACACUUGGAUUCUGAAUCCAGAUGGAUCGCUCAAAAGCUGUCGCAUCACUGCCAUUACUUAUACGAUCACCUUCAUUGCUUUGAUCAUCAUGUUAUUGUGUUUCAUCUUUGUGGCUUCACUUUUCAUAUUAGGCUUGAUAUUGAAUAAGCGACAGGACAAGUUCAUCGACGAUGUUCAUCAAGCCAAUGCUAGGAACUUGGGUGUAUUUGAAAGAGAUAAUGUUGAUAAGGAGAACACAGCGUUUGGGGAGAGUGACAAUCACAACUUUAACAUGGAUAAUAUUAGACUACCGCGAGGGUUGCUUGGUCCGAAGGAUGAUGGUAAGUAGAUCUGAAAGGGGGUUUACGUCUAAUAGUAAGGUUUCCCUCUUGUUGCGACGACAGUCGCAUUGUUAAGAAAGGGCGUAUUGUUAUGGCCAACCGGACAUUGUGAGAAAGUUCUGUCUAAUUUGCGUAUCCUUUUCAUUUCGUGAAACACCCUGUAUUUAAGUUAAGAUGGUCUGGGAAGGUUGGGUUGACUUUAAGGGGGCUUUAAGAUACUGUAUUUGGGAAUAUUUGAGGUUAUUUGAAAGAUCCAUAAUAUUUGUACUUUUAAAUGUUAUUUUUGUUGAUCAGUCGAGUUUUAAUUUUAUGUAAUAACAAAGGUUUAUUAACUCAAUUUUGAGUUUGAGGUUUUUUACAAAGAAUUGGCUUCACCCCUAACAUUGUAAGGUGCAGAGAUGGGAACGGAGGGAGGGGGGUGGUGGUACACAGGGAGGAACACUAAGACAGAAGGGAAAGGUUUUUGCUUAAGGGAGCAAGUGUUUUUUUUUCCAAAUAUUUUAAAAUUUAAUGUUUUAGACAGCCUAGCGGUCCUAGCUGACCGUUUGCACGCUGAACCGAACAGUGGACCAAGAGAUGAGCUACGUUAUUACGCUUUGGAAGGCGACAACCAUUCUACUUUAACUUAUGACUCAAGUGUUCUAUAA